UGAAAUCAUAGAAGAUGAUAAUAUUAUUGAAUCACCCUUUCUUCUGUGAGUGAAAGAAUAACAUUUAGAAAAUAGUAUUAAUAGUGGAAAUGAAAAUAAUUCGAUCAAAUUCAAAUUUGAAAGAUGUUAAAUUAUAUAAAUUUUUUAGAAAAGAUAAUUCUGGGAAAACAUGUAAAAUAUAUCUCCAGAUAUUUCCCAAUUCUUCAAGCACAAGACACCACGGGGGACAAUUUGCAUCAAAUUUUAAGCUAUCAAAUCAUCAAAGGUUUUUGCAAACUUUUCCUGUUUAAGAGAACUGCCGAUUUCUCCUUAUUAAAAAUUUUGAUCUUACUUAGUUCUAAUACCAUUGAUAAUGAAGACACAACACGCAAGACAGUUAAGAACCAGAGCCUUUUGAUACAAAAAUUUUUAGAGAUAUUUUCUUAUAAUACCAAGUUAAAUCAACUUUUUGUGACGGCGGUAUGUUGCGAUAUUUUAAAGGACCUUGUAUUCCUUGACAUACCAACUCAAAUAUCCAAGACUCCGAAUGUAAUGGGUAAUAAUGAUGAAGAUGGAAAUCUUAAUGAUCCCGAGAAUAAUAUGGAGGUGAAUAUCCUUUCAAAAUAUUGUAAUGAAAAGGAAUUAGACAAAAUUAGUGUAUACUCUAUUCAAAUUUUGCGCUUGGUGAAUAUCGAAAAUUUACUGAAGUUUAUAUCCGAUAUAUGCAAUCCUGAUAAAUUAAAGCCCGAAACAGAAUCUGUACACCAUUCUUCUCCCGUCAUAAUAAACACUCAACUUUCUCCCCACGGGUAUUUAGCAGAAACCCUGAGCCAACAUAUGAUUCACCUGAACCAGCUUAUAUUGGAUACCGAUUACCCCGAGGUGAUGGGUGCCAAUGCUAUAGAUGAAUAUGUUGAGAAAUUAUCUACGAAUCAUAUCGAUAAUGAUGAAUCCCUAAAUAAUGUAGAUUCAACUUUAACCGAGUCUAAAACACACAAUGCCACUUUAACCGAUGCACUAAGUACCACUUUAACUGAAAUCCGAAGUGCCAAAAAGUCUAAAAACGUGCUCGAAGAUUACCUUGAUAAAAUUACUCUAAGAUCCCUCGCUAAAUUUUUGAGUAACUUAAACUUGAGCCGGGAUGCAUUUAAUUGCCUCAUCAAAAUUAAAGAUGCUUGGGAAAACUUAGAUAUAGAACAUUUUAACGACAAACAAGCAAAGAAAUGGAUUUUAAAGUUUGUGACCAGUUUUAAUUAAAGUCUAAUCAAUAAAUAAAUCAAACCUUAUUCCCCCCCCCACCCCCCACACACACAUGAACGAAACAUUUAUUAUUAGAGAGGAAAAAAACUAUUUAUUAAAUUAUUUGUAAACAUUGUUAAUAUUUAGUAAUUACUUAAUACAUAUACAAAUUAGAAAUCUAAUAUGAUAUUAUUCGCUGAAUAUAAAUAAUGUAUUAUUUGAUAUUUAGAAGAAAUAAUAA